AUGGCUACCACCAACGAUCAGACACCCUCAUUUCGCUGCGACUCCCCGCCUCCAGACGCUCUUCCAACACCAGCUAUCGGUGCAUGCCCAGAGCUCUCGCGCUGCUUGUCGACGACAUCCUCUUGGUCGCAUGGCAGUAACGAUGCCAACCCUCGGGAUGCUCUAGGCAUAGAGAAGUUCAACCGUCAUUCCACCGGAAGCCUCGACACUAGCACGCUGAAGAAGCGUCAUUCAGAUAUCUCGGCCAUGUCUCGUCACUCCAGUUAUAACUUUGACGGCAGGAGUCGCCGACGGGGAUAUAUGCGGCCACAAGGAACUGAUUUUGCCGCCAGCGCCCGAUCCCGCGAGAGUGUGAUGAGCCUGGGCAGCAUCGCGCAUCUGCAGUACUAUUUUGCUCGAACAGGCUUACUUGACGGCAAGGGUGGUCAACUGGCCAGGAAGAAACAGCAGCGCGCCACCCUGGAUCUCUCUUCCUUGGACACGAAUGCCGAAGCUUUGCCCAAGAUCGUUGGCUCGGAUUUUGACUCGUCAUACGCCUCUACCGACAGCAGCCCAGAUUUCAGCUCCCAGGGCUUCGGCACCGACCUUGUUGAGUCUCCUAUCGAGGAGCUGGAUGAUUAUUAUGAGGACAACUUCAGUGACCUUGGCGGUGAUAUGCUCCCACCGACUGUGAGUACGUAUCACCACCGUGAAAAGGUGGUCCCCAAGCCACCUACCAUCCUGGAACUCAAGUCAGAACUCGAGCAAACGCUUGGCGACGCCAAGAAGGCACUGGAUGAAGUCGAGGCGCGAAGAACCGGCACUUACGAGGCACCAUCCAGUGCCCCCGAUUACCCCAACAUGCCACCGGAAAACACACAAGGUUGGUUUGAGCUGCAAGGAAUGCAUAUUCUCGACGUUGUUACGCUGGCAAUCCGCGCGGCAAAAUUUUACUACACAGCGCACGAACUACCUGACCGUCUUGACUCUAUUAAACCCGAGAAGCAAGUCAGGGCAGACCUGUUAGCUGUCAUGGAAACAUUAAGGCAGAUGGCCACCCGAAAUUUCAAAGAAGGCAUGAGGCAAGAGGAGAUCAAAACCAUGAAUGACUGGGUAGAGAGUGUCUUCGAUAUCUUAAAAAAGGAACAGGAGAUUGAAGACGCGGAGAGGGCUGAACGGGUCGGCUGGACAUGGCUCAAGGGUGACUGGACUGGUCGCGAACUGGAGCGGGAACGAGCGUUUCUCAUGUCUAUGGAUACGGUUUCUGAACCUUUACCAGAAUGGAAGUCAAUGUCGCCUGAAGAUUCGAAGCCUACCCCUUUCCUCGAAGCCAUGCAGAAUGGUGUGCGACUGGUCAAACUUCACAAUGCCGUUGUGCACAAAUCACGAAGACGAUUUGGUGCCAUUGGAAGCUUUCAUACCGAUACCCAGAAGCCAUAUCGUUGCGCUGACAACUUACGAUACUGGGUCAAAGCUGCCGAACUGCGCUUCGAGGUCAUGUUGAAAGUCGAUGUGCUCGGAGUCCAGUACAACACAUCUCCACAGGUCUGGAUUGAUUUUGAGACUGCCAUUCUCAAGUGGGCUCGCCAUGUACGCGAGGAGAUCACUCGCGAGCUUGAGUUAUAG